AUAAACAAAGACACUAAAACAAUAAACGCACACAAUCAAUCAAAACAAAUUUGGAGAAAAAAAAAGAUACAUAAUGGAAUCACUUGGUGCGUGGGACUAUACGAUACUAGCCUUCGUGCUUAUAUUAUCUGCCUCGAUUGGUAUUUAUUAUCGACUGACAGGUGGCAAGCAGAAGACCACCAAAGAAUUUUUGCUAGCAGAUCGUUCCAUGCCAAUAACGCCGGUUGCAUUUAGUUUAAUGGCCAGUUUCAUGUCUGCCAUAACAAUACUUGGCGUGUCAAUGGAGAACUAUCAGUACGGCACAAUGUUUGUGGUUAUCAACAUUUCGUAUGUUUUAUCGACACCAUUUGCUGCGUAUCUUAUAUUGCCAGUAUUCUAUCGCUUGAAAACGGCAAGUGUCUACGAGUAUCUGCAAAUGCGUUUCGGUUAUGUCACGCGAUUAUGUGCCUCCCUUGCCUUUUCGCUGCAGAUGAUACUCUACAUGGGUAUUGUGCUUUUUGCGCCCGCUUUAGCAUUGGAAGCUGUUACAAAAUUGAAUACAGUUUUCUCGAUUAUUAUUAUCGGUGUUGUUUGCACGUUCUAUGCAACACUUGGCGGCAUGAAAGCUGUGCUGAUAACAGAUAUUUUUCAAUCAGUACUCAUGUUUGUUGCUGUUUAUAGUGUGAUUAUAUGUGGUAUUAUCAAAGCCGGCAGUAUUAGCGAAAUAUGGAAUGCAGCAGUUGAGGGAGAUCGUAUUGAAUUCCUAAAUUUUAGCAUUGAUCCAACAACACGACAUACUGUUUGGACACAAAUAAUAGGUGGUUGCGCUACAUAUCUGGCCAUAUAUGGCGUUAACCAAACACAAGUACAGCGUUUGUUAUCGGUUAGAAAUUUGAAAUCAUCACAAAGUGCCCUGUGGUGGAAUUUGCCCAUAUUAAUGUUGUUAAGUUUUAGCACAUGCUUUUCAGGGUUAUGCAUAUAUUAUUUGUAUCGGAAGUGUGAUCCAUAUGAGGAAGGCCGUAUUAAUUCACGUGAUCAAAUAAUGCCAUUAUUCGUAGUGGACACCAUGGGUGACAUGUCUGGACUUGCAGGUCUUUUUAUCUCUGGUAUUUUCUGUGCCAGUUUAUCAACAAUAUCAUCAGCUAUUAAUUCUUUAGCAGCUGUAACGCUAGAAGAUUACAUAAAGCCAUUAUUACAUGUAAUGUCUAAAAAGGAACUAUCUGAUGAGAAAACAGUUUGGUAUUCAAAAAUAUUGACCUUAAUAUAUGGAGCCGUGUGUAUCGGUAUAGCUUUCUUGGCCAGUUCACUUGGUGGCGUACUGCAAGCAUCAUUAUCUAUUUUUGGUAUAAUUGGUGGUCCUUUACUUGGUUUGUUUACACUUGGCAUGUAUAUAACAAUUGCCAACCAGAAAGGUGCAUUAACAGGCUUAGCAGUUGGUUUGGGAAUGUCAUUUUGGAUUGGUUUUGGUCAACCUAAACCACCAAUACCAAGCUUACCAAUGUCGACAGAAGAGUGUCCAAUAACAAAAACAAGUCAUGUUAGCGAUCUGUUUCUCAGUACAAAUACUAAAGCAGUAGAGGAAGAGGAUCAUUACUUCUAUUUAUAUCGUAUAUCUUAUAUGUGGUAUGCUGUCAUAGGAUUUCUAUUAACAUUUUUCGUUGGUCUCAUUUUUUCUUGGAUAUAUGCUAAAUUAAAUUGGGACUCUAAUGCUCACAUAUAUACUGAUCCUGGUUGCACACUAAUUAAAUAUGAUCUGUUUGUACCGCCGAUUGCUAAUCGUUUAAGACGUAAACAAAUGCCCGUCGUUGUAGUCACUGGUACAAGCUCUGAAAUGGGUGGCGGUUCGGCUACACCUAGUACUGUAGGUGCUGAUGAGGCACAAAUAGCAAAAUCUGUAACGAAUUCUACGGAAUUAAGUGAGGAAAAUGAUAAUGUUUUUCCUGAAGUAGAGGAACAAACGCCUAGACAUCGAGUAUUUACGAUAUCCUAAAUAAAAUUAUAAUAAUAGAAAACUAUUAUGCA